AUGCCCCCACACGCGUCUCCACCGCGCGAGUCCUCCCGGCACCUCAGCACCUCGCCCACCCCGCUCGACUUCACACCCUCGUGCAACUCGCAGGCCACCGUGCAGGGCCCGAAGCCGCUCCUGCGCCGACCGUCCAGCCCGCGCUCGCCCCGCGCUUUCAGUAAUGCUCUCCCACUCGACAUCGUUCCCCGCCGCGCGAGCAUCGCCUCCAUGGAUGCACAUGCGAUGCGUCUCAGCUCGCCCCCGUACGUGCACCUCGCUGUCGCGGCGACCAACGGCUGCGCACGCGGGAUGGCGGCGUACUGGCAGGGCUCAGUCCCAUGUCGAGCCAUAACCUCUCGCACUCGCCCAGCUGUGCUUAUCGCACUCCAGCGCGCGUUGCAUGCGGCGGGUGUCGGCGUGUACCUGCACGUGUCCAUGCUGGGGGUCGCGAUGCACGAGUUACAGUGCACCCGCGGCGAUGGAGGGGUUGAGUCCAUACGCAGGCUCGACGCGCACAUGCCCGUGCCGCCGCCGGGGCUGCUUCUGGACUGCUUUACUACCCCAACACCAUUGCCACGGCCCACGAACCAAGGGCCCCCCGCGAACAACGCCGUGCCUGGCAUGGACAAGCAGGCCCACCUCGAGCAGCUCCGCACCGCCAUCCUUCGCGCGGACAACCAUUGCUUCGCCAUCUGCUGGACCGCAGACACAGAGCACUACAGCGACAUCGCCGCCUGCGCGCUUCUCGCGCCGAACAAGGCGCCACACCCCUAA